UUAAUGUAAUCGUGACUUAAAGACUGAAAGUAGUCUUGUCUGUUAACAGUUUGUCUGGAUUAACUUAAUGGAUAACAGAGUAAAUGUAACAUAUAUAACUGUUGAUGGGUACGUGGAUUUGUACAAAUACAGAUAUCUUUAUUUUGUCAUCAUGUUCACAGCUUAUAUUCUAAUAAUCUGCAGUAAUUCUACUGUUGUGUAUCUCAUCUGGAUUCAUCAAAACCUCCAUGAGCCCAUGUACAUUUUCAUUGCAGCUCUGUUAAUCAACUCUCUUCUUUACAGCACUGUGAUCUACCCAAAGCUGUUGAUUGACUUUUUAUCUGAGAAACAGAUCAUAUCUUAUUCAGCCUGCCUCUUUCAGUGGUUUAUAUUUUACUCUUUAGCUGGUUCAGAGUUCUUACUGUUGGCAGCCAUGUCUUAUGACAGAUAUGUGUCCAUAUGUAAACCUCUGCAGUAUCCAGCUAUCAUGAGGAAAACAACUGUCAGUAUAUUUCUGGCUUUAGCUUGGCUUGUGCCUGUUUGUCAGAUGGUAGGACCAGCUGUACUGAAUGCUAAUAAGAAACUCUGUAACUUUACUUUCAAAGGAAUCAUUUGUAACAGCACAGUUGGCAAACUUCACUGUGAGAGUUCAAGACUGCAGAAUAUAUAUGGUUUGGUUGUUUUGGUAAAUCUUGUACUUCUACCUGUGCUCUUUAUCCUUUUUACAUACACCAGAAUAUUUAUAAUAUCCUAUCGAAGUUGUAGAGAAGUCAGAAGAAAAGCUGCACAGACUUGUUUACCACACUUGAUGGUAUUAAUCAACUUUUCCUGUUUGAUUACAUUUGAUGUCUUUUUACUGCGACUGGAAACUGAUUUUCCUAAAACUGCCCGCUUCAUAAUAACAUUACAAAUCAUCCUGUAUCAUCCUCUCUUUAAUCCAAUCAUAUAUGGACUGAAAAUGAAAGAAAUCUAUAAACACCUCAAGAAGCUGUUGUGUAAGUAACAAGAUCUAAUGAACAAACAAACGAUAACUGCACAGUCACUGUCCUCCUGUCAUAAUCUUUUAGAGAUGUGAUUUCUGUGAUCCUUGAAAAAGACCUUAAUGUGAGGAUUUGUUUCUGUAGCACUCGUGUACAGUAAGGAGUAUCAUCAGUUUCAUCAAUGUAAUGAAUAAUGUCUAUGAACUAGACUGUUCUUUUUAACAAAACAAUCAACACUGCAGCAACACUAAAUGAAGAACUUUUGUGAGCCCAGCAUGUUUCCUUUUAGGAUCUUCAUCAGGUUUGCUGUGUCAAAACACCAGAGUUUUUUUCUUCUUUUCUCACUGUUAAUUAUUUCACUUACUUUUUCAUUCACUGCAGAAAACCAAAUCAUCAAACCACUAAUGUUGUAUUAUUCCAUAUUUUCUUACAUUUUCUGGGUGUGUUGUUAAAUCUCAUGUAGAUCAUGAAAUGAGCAUGUCAGCAUUUUAAAUUAAAUACCUUGAAAGCGAAAUCAUGUACUCCAGACUGUGAUUUGGUGUCUUGUGAGGCAAAGUGGAUUCAAAUUUGAUUGAAAGAGAUACACAACAUGCAGUUGUUGCUGUGAAACAAUGACAUAUUGGAUACAAUCUCUACUUAUUCAUGAGCUGAAUUACAAUUAUUAGACUGACAAACAAACAAACAAUGUCUGUACUGUAGUUCAGCUAGAAAGGUCAGCUUAGUACCACUGGUGGUCAUAAGCUAUGCAAUAUUAAAUUCUGUUUCCUCUCAGAACAGUUCAGGGUCAGAAUCACCUUUAUUGGCCAAGUAUGUGUCCACGCACACUGAAUUUGACUCCAUUUGUUCCUUGCUCUAAAUAAAAUAUCCAGUCAAGUGUUCUGGAAAUUGUAAACAAUUGAAAUAGUGAAAAGGAAAGCUCUUCUCCAAGCUCCCCAUGGACCAGGUCAGAGCUCCUGACUCAGCCAUCCUAUGGAGGAAGCCCAUUUCAGCCACAUGUAUCUGUGAUCUCAUCCUUUCGGUCACUACUCAGAGCUCAUGACCAAAGAUGAGGGUUUGAAUUCAAAUUCAAAUUGAAAAAUUUUAUUUGUCCCCAAGGGGCAAUUUAAAUGUAAAUCGACUUUGCCUCAUGCUUCAGCUCCCUCUUCAAGUCUGGUCUUAAAACUGGAGGUGGUGUCCGCCUGUCAAACCCAGAUUGGCAGCUGGUUCCACAGUAGG